CAUGUUUGUGGACCUCACUUUGCCACUGGGGUUGGAGUGGUGCCGCAGCGCCGCCCGUGGCGGGCCGGGGAAUCGCACCAGCGACCGGAAGGACGAGGAGACUACACCUCCCACAGGCCUUGGCGGCGCGCAGGCGCAGGCCGACACCGGUCGCUUCUCCGGGCACCAAGCAGCGCCGAGGGCCGCUAUUGGAGGAGGGCGCGGUUGCCGGGCGGCGUCAGGAGGCCGGGGAGCGAGGAUGGGGGCGAGCGGCAGCGCGCGGCGCGUCUCUUUCGGCAUGGACGAGCACGAGCGCGUGACCAUGUUGCAGGGGCUGCGGCUCUCUGACAAACUUAUGACAAGGAUGAAGGAUGUGCCCCAGCCAAUGUCAAAGCUAUCGAGCUCUACCUCUGCAGGGCAUGAUUCACAAUGGGAAGGUGGCAUGCCACUGAAUUCUGGCACGAAGGAAGAACUGUACCAGAGGUAUGAAAAAGAGAAGGUCCUGAUGGACGAAGAGCUGUCCCAGUUUGCUCAGCAGGAGCAAGUGGAAGCCAUGACUGAACUCGGCGAGCAUGCAGGGCGAGGAGAGGAACAGCAAAACAUGAAGCAGCUGGCCGACCAACUGGAAAAGAAGGAAGCUGCACUUCAGAAACUAGAAGCUUUUUAUAAGGAACAGUUGGAUCUUAUCGAGCAGAAGAAUACAGAGUACUACAGGCAUUCGUCAGAACAGUUUAAUGAAGCAGCUUCAGCAGCAGACACUCGAGUCAAGCGGAGAAACUAUGAGCCGCUGUGUUUAAAUCUGCAGCAGCAGAUCCUGCACUGUUACCUGGACAACCCACAGCUAACCCUCAAGUGCUCAGACUUUGCCAAGGAGUACAGUCACUGCAUCCGAGAGGCACAAAAGACUUUGUUGGUGAAUCAAGGCUGAACUACAAGGAGGCUUUGUGCAGCGCCGGUUGCCAUGGAAACACAAUUCUACUCAUCUCAAGCAAGACCAGAAGGGCUUGUCCAGAAUUCUGUUUAUCAAUAAGCAUGCAUUGAGCUGACUUUGCUUCCCUCAGUCCCCGUUAGUUGUGAAAAUGUAGCCCCAUGUUUGAUUCAUGCUGCUUGUACCACUGCCCCAGUGUUACCCCCCCCCCCCCCCCCCCCCCCCCCCCGCUUAUACUGCAUGGAGUGUUGUGUUGUGUUGUACCUCCACUCUUCAAACCCCUUCAUUACGUUGCUGGUUCUCAUGUUAGAGUCCAGGAUGGUUCAGUGUUUCUUGUGUUCAGCUGAAUAAAAAGGUUUUUGUUUCUGAAAA